AUGGCAGACAGCGUCACGAUGACACCGAAGAUGCUGAACGAGGGCGAAAUAACUGAGGGCUUGUUUUCGAAGGCUAGAGAAAAUGCGGUGAUCCUCACGAAAGAUAUCGAUGUAUAUGCCGAUCAGAUACAUGCCACCAUAGAGAAACUAUUUGACCUUCAUAGCGCAUCGCAAAAGAACAUUGAUGAAUUGAUGACUCACUUCAAACUCCUCAAUGAAUCUUUUGAGUCUCAACUCAGCAUAUACCCCCACUUUUCGGAAGACGUAGUUUCCAGGAGAAUUGCACAGAGCGAUGCUGCAUAUUACACACUACAAGCACAAUCGGCGGAAAAUCGGAAGUCCAGAAUGAAGUUGAUGAAGAAUACCAAAGAUCGCAUGGAUGAGAGCAAAGAGAGACAGUCACUUGCGGUGGACGCGUCAGCACUCAUCAAACAUUACAAGUCUUUGCUCAUAGUUUCUAAGUAA